GAGCGGCUGGGGCUCGCGCUGGCCCCUUCCGCGGUGCCCGCGCCGUGGGGCGGCGACUGCGCCGCGCCGAGGACCGGCGCCUCGCGGCCGGCCGCUCGGGUCUGCUGGGCACCGCCGGCGGCCGCCGACGGCCGCCGACGGCUGCCGACGCUUCGACGGGACGACGUGGCGGCAGCGGCGAGCGGCGGCGGCGGCGGGGAGCACGACGAGCACGACAGCGGCGAGCAGCGGCGCCGCGGCGGCGAGGGCGAGCGGCGGCGAACGGCGGCGUCGGCGCCUCUGUCUCGGGGGCUUGUGGAGGGCCUAG